UAUACUUUUUGUGAAAGAUCUAGAUACUUAUUCACCCACAGGAACUGCUUACUUUUUUCAUGGGUUAAUACCAGACAGUUGCAGGUCAAAUAAUAUUUUACCCUAUUUAGCCAACUAGAUUUACAGGUUUCUCAGAGCUAAAGCAGCGUUUUUAAACUCCACGAUGUCCGGACACGGUCACGGCCAUGGACACGGGCACGGCUGCGGGUGCGAGGCAGAACACGAGCCCGCGGAGAGGGGCCUGGAGUACGGACUGUACCGGCGGAUCGACCUGGAGAAGCUGCAGUGCCUGAACGAGAGCAGAGACGGGGAUGGGAAGCUGGUGUUCAAACCGUGGGAUCAGCGGAACGAGCGCGAUAAGUAUGUCGAGAGUGACGCAGAUGAAGAGCUGCUGUUCAACAUCCCUUUUACAGGCAGCGUUAAGCUGAAAGGCAUCAUCAUCUCUGGAGAAAAUGACGACUCGCAUCCAGCUGAGGUUCGACUGUACAAGAACAUCCCUCAGAUGUCCUUCGACGACACCGGCAGAGAACCUGAACAAGCCUUUAGACUCAACAGAGACCCUGUCGCUGAGCUGGAGUACCCAACAAAGAUCGCUCGUUUUUCCAAUGUUCAGCACCUCUCCAUCCACAUCUCAAAGAACUUUGGAGCAGAGAGCACCAGAGUCUACUACAUCGGUCUGAGGGGAGAAUACUCGGAGGCUCACAGACAUGAAGUGACCAUCUGUAACUACGAGGCAUCAGCAAACCCUGCAGAUCACAAAGUGGAGAGCAUCAUCCCACAAACCAACUUCAUUUCUUGAAGAAGCUUUAGAGAGUUGUGAGGAAGAGGAGAAGGAGGAGAGGUUUCAGUGGCGUCUGCUGACUGUCUUUGACAAAAAGUCAAAGAUGAGUUCAACGCUAUGUAGCGGCAGGUUGGUUGAGCUCGACCAGAACUGGGCACUGAAAUCUGAAGACCAGAGAGCUUCAGGUGUGUCUCAGAGUGCCAAGUUGUUGCUCUGCUUUCUAUGGCAAUAAAGAGUGAAGGCUUAAUGUGGGCAAAAAGCUUAAUAAUAAAUGCAUGAAACAUUUGACACUCAGAUAAAGUCUGUUGUUAUCUGUUCCACCACUUCAAUAAAGUGACAGCUACUCUUAAAUAAAAAACAAAGGCUGGGCAUAAACCAAGUGAUGGUACGUUUUGAUUCGUGUAGGACUUUGGUUGCCAUGUUAACAUCCUGGAUUCAUAAUUCACACAAUGCUUUUAGAUAUAAGAUGUGAAGGAAAUUAAUUUGCUCUCAAACAAAGAUACUCUGCUGAAACAGUCAGAAAAUAAAAAAUGUUAAUGCCUAGAAAUUCAUAUCAUGCUUAUAAAACUACAUUAUUUGCCUUUUUCAAAGCCAACCCAUUGUUCACUAACUGUGCUACAUACUGUAUUUUCUGCCAUCUAGUGGUUUAUUAUGUGAUUAUUAAAUCUUAGAUGGGUGUCUUUCUAUAGUCCAAAAUGCUCUAUUUCUCUUUCCUCAGUUUAUCUCUGUGAUGAGAUGAAUUCCCGACAGCUGCAUGAUGUGUUGACAAACUUAAUUAAGUACAUUGGCUGUCAUCUGAGGGAGAGCGAGGUGAGUGGAGUCGAGGAAGCCCGUGUGAAGUAUUGAGACUCAGUCUUGGAACAAAUCCAAGGCUUACUGCAGUAGAGGUCCACUCUUAAUAGGCUGAGCUGUGAUUCUUCUACAAUAAUGCUUUAAUACAAACAUACCAACAUUUCACAUUCAUUUUGCCAUUUGACAAAAGCUUACUGCUAUGAACUCCCUAAAAACAAUCUGUGUUCCACAUAGGCCGUUAUGUCAUCCUUGAUUUCAUUGUUAGUAAUGCAGUGCGUCAUGCAGUCAGCGGCAGCCUGCGAGUGCAUUUAUGGGAAUGUGUAAGCUCAGUGUGGAGGACAAUCGGUUAGAAAACCUGUGUUGCUAUAAUUAUAAAAUAAAGCAAAAUGAAAAAAUAGUUUGAUGCUUAACCAUGCUCUGAAAUGUUUCAUAUACAAUAUAAUGUAUGCUCCAUGAUUUUAUGGUUGAUGUAUGUGUUAAUUUCAUUAGCUCACAUGGUAUGUUUUCUGAUUAUUUUUUUAUAAUCUACAGAAGUCAUUAAUACCAUUGUUCAAUGCUGUCAGCACAUCAGACUAAAUAGAAAUAAAGUUGUACUGAAACUACAGUUUGGCAUUAGGAUAUUCACGUGUUUUAUACAUUCUUGGCCUUUUUUAGUAUUUCAAGGAGUCAGUUUAGUUCAAACAAGACAAGAACAAUCAAAGUACGCAAACACUCUUUUCAAACAAACUAAAGUGUAUUAAUCUCAUCUUUCAUAUAGAAUAUACAGCUGUUAUCAAUGCCAGAAAAGGUGGCAAUUAUACUGUUAAAGCUAUGUAUUGAUCAUGUAUGUUAUUAUUUUUACAUAUAUGUUGACUCUGGCGGAAACCAUUUUCAGGUCAUUAACCAAAUGAAAAGCAAUACCAAACUGUAAAAAUACUGCAUUCAGUUAUAUUUAAGAAAAUGUACAUAAGUAUUAUCAAUAACAUGUUCUUGAAGGAUUAAAAGAAAAACCUAUCAUUAUG